AAAAACAAAGAAAAAAACCAAUGUGAACACAGAAUAGUGGUUACUAGAAGCUGGAGACUCGCAGCUCUCUACAGCCUGAACUCCUCGAAGGCGGGCUUCCAGGAGCCCGCGGAGGCCGCGUCGCCCAACCUGGCCCUGAUGAACAGCGUCAAGGCGCAGCUGCAUCUGGCCCUGGAGAGGAACUCAUGGCUGCAGAAGCACAUCAAGGACCUGGAGGAGGAGCGGGACUUCCUGCGCUGCCAGCUGGACAAGCUCAUCUCCGCGCGCGUGGACGCAGAGGACCACUGCCGGGCCAAGCCGGGGCCCCGGGGGGCGGAGGGGGACAGCCGCGGUGGCGCGGAAUGCGAGGUCUCGGACAGAGGCGAGGCCUCGGACCUGGAGUCGGCCGCCUCGUAGCUCAGUGCCGCGUCCGAGGAAGGCAGCGCCAGCAAGUGGAAGAGGCAGUGGCCGCGGGCAGGCGCCGGCUGGAGGCGCUUCGGGAAGCCCAAGGCCGGGGAGCGGCAGCGGGUGAAGGACGCCGACGUGUGCCGCUACAAGAAGAUCCUGGGCACCUUCCAGAAGCUCAAGAGCAUGUCUCGGGCCUUCGAGCACCACCGCGUGGACCGCAACACCGUGGCGCUGACCACGCCCAUCGCCGAGCUGCUCAUCGGCCCCGAGAAGCUGGCCGAGGUGGCCGAGUUCGACCUCUCCAAGGAGCGCCUGCUCGAGUACUCGCGCCGCUGCUUCCUGGCCCUGGACGACGAGACGCUCAAGAAGGUGCAGGCGCUCAAGAAGAGCUAGCUGCUGCUGCCCAUCACCUACCGCUUCAAGCGGUGA